CUCCGACGCGUCAGGAGGCCGGAAGAGGACGAGGGCAGGCCGGGAGGGAGGGAAGGCGAGGAGGCGCCCGGGAGACGAAGGCGAGAGGGCCCCGCGGGCCGAGAAGGAUCUGGCAGGUUGCUUCGGCGGCGGCCCUUCGCUCAAACCAGAAUUGCUUGAUUGGGAGCAAAGAUGCAGAGUACGUCCAAUUAUCUCUGGCUCCUGUCAGACAUCUUGGGCCAAGGAGCGACUGCAAAUGUUUUCCGUGGAAGACACAAGAAAACUGGAGACUUAUAUGCUGUCAAAGUAUUUAAUAAUUUCAGUUUCCUUCGGCCUGUUGAUGUUCAGAUGAGAGAGUUUGAAGUGUUAAAGAAGCUGAAUCACAAGAACAUCGUUAAACUAUUUGCCAUAGAAGAGGAGACAACAUCUAGACAUAAAGUCCUUGUUAUGGAAUUUUGCCCAUGUGGCAGUUUAUAUACUGUUUUAGAAGAGCCAUCUAACGCCUAUGGGUUACCAGAAACAGAAUUCUUAAUUGUGUUGAAAGAUGUCGUGGCUGGGAUGAACCAUCUUCGGGAGAAUGGAAUUGUGCAUCGGGACAUCAAACCAGGCAAUAUAAUGCGUGUUAUAGGGGAAGAUGGUCAAUCUGUUUAUAAAUUGACAGAUUUUGGAGCUGCUAGAGAGCUUGAUGAUGAUGAACAGUUUGUCUCCCUCUAUGGCACAGAAGAGUAUUUGCAUCCAGAUAUGUAUGAGCGAGCCGUACUGAGAAAAGAGCAUCAAAAGAAAUACGGUGCAACGGUCGAUUUGUGGAGUAUAGGGGUGACAUUUUACCAUGCUGCGACAGGAAGUUUGCCAUUCCGACCCUUUGAAGGGCCUCGCAGAAAUAAGGAAGUAAUGUACAAAAUUAUCACUGGAAAACCUUCUGGUGCAAUAUCCGGAGUACAAAAAGCAGAAAAUGGACCUAUUGAGUGGAGUCGUGAAAUGCCUGUUUCCUGCAGCCUUUCUAAGGGACUGCAGGUCUUACUUACCCCUGUCCUUGCAAAUAUUCUUGAAGCAGAUCAAGAGAAAUGCUGGGGAUUUGAUCAGUUUUUUGCAGAAUCUAGUGAUAUACUACAUCGAAUAAUCAUCCAUGUCUUCUCUUUGCAACAAAUGACCUUGCACAAAAUUUAUAUUCACAUGCAUAAUGAUGCUGUCAUGUUUCACGAAUUGGUUUACAAACAGACCAUGAUACCUGCAAAUAAUCAAGAGUUGAUAUAUGAAGGCCGACGUUUAGUAAUAGAGCCUAGCAGACUGGCGCAAGCAUUUCCCAGAACUACUGAAGACAAUCCCAUAAUUGUAGUAAGCAGAGAGGCUAUGGACAUCAUUGGAUUACUCUAUGAAGAAAUUCUCCUUCCUAAGGUGCACCAACGUUACGACUUGGAUAGUGAUGCAAGUAUGGCUAAAACAGUGACAGGGGUUGUAUGUUAUGCUUGUAGAGUUGCCCGUGCUUUACUGCUUUAUCAAGAACUUAUGCGAAAAGGGAUCAGAUGGUUAAUUGAAAUUAUCAAGGAAGAUUACACUGAAACGCUUCACAAAAAAACAGAGGUUGUUCUCAAACUGGAAUUUUGCAACAGAAGUAUAGAAAAAGCUGUAGAAAUAUAUCAAAAUAUGCUACAAAACAACUUGGCACCAUCAGAAGUGGAUGAAAUUUCAGAUAUACAUUCAAAGGUGUUACGGCUUUCUAGUUCAAGGGUGACUAUAGAAACCAGUCUUCAGGAAAUCAAAAACAAGCUCUCUCCUAGUGGACUGCUCUCUGACAGCUGGACCAAUCAGGAAGGCACACAUUCCAAAGACAGAAACCCAGAAAGGUUACAAGUGCUACUGGGUUCUAUAACAGAUAUUUAUCACCAAUUCAAAAAAGACAAAGCAGAACGAAGACUGCUUUAUAAUGAAGAACAAAUUCAUAAAUUUGACAAGCAGAAGCUUUUCCUCCAUGCGACAAAAGCCAUGACUCUGUUCAAGGAAGAAUGUGUCAGCAAAUACGAAGCUUUCUUGGAUAAGGCAGAAGAUUGGACGAGGAAGAUGCACCAUUUAAGAAAACAGUUAAUGACGCUUCGAAAACUCUGCUUCGAUAUUGAAAAAGAGGUUUCUAAAUACCAGGACUAUGUUGACAAGUUGCAAGAAAAUUUGCCUCAUAAGAUGCUUGCAGCUUCUGGUGGGAUCAAACAUGCAGUUAAUCCAGUGUAUCCAAGUUCAAAUACUUUGGUGGAAAUGACUCUCGGCAUGAAGAAACUGAAAGAAGAAAUGGAGGGUGUUGUGAAAGAGUUAGCUGAAAAUAAUCAUCUUUUAGAAAGGUUUGGUGCUUUGACUAUGGAUGGUGGACCAAGGAAUGUCGAUUGUAUCUAACUGCAUUUUGCCAGGAUGGAGAUUGUUGACUUUGCACAGAAGGGGCAUUCAUAAGCAGAAAGAAUAUUUAUUCUGCCCUUGAAUAUUCUUUCCGUAUUUAGCAGAAGUGUGUAAAUAUGUAUAUAUUGUAAAUACAAAAGACCUCUCUGUUUUGGUAAUAUAAAAGUGUUCUUAACAUUGAAGUAACAUCAGAACUGUGUGUAAAAAAAACUAUUAUGGCUGCACAUUAUUGUAAACACACUGCUGCAAUGCAUUUACUUCAAAAGUGCUGUCCUUGUUUUCUUGUGAACAUUUGCUGGAGAAACUGUGGUCUUGGACUUUGCUGCUUUUAAAAGGGCAAUUAAGCUUCCCCUUAAGCCACCUGUAUGCUCAAUAUUUCUCUUACAAUAAUUCACAGUUGUCCCUGCUUUCUUAAAAGGUGAACAGAUGCCUGUUGCUCAUAUGCCCAAAAGUGAUAAUCACCUUCUGCAAAUUCUUGAAAGAAAUCUCUUGAGUGUAAAGAAAACUAUUGACUUUUUAAUCAUGUCAGUUUGGGUUGUGUCUAUUUUACCAAAACUAAUUAGCCCAGUUUUGUUUCUAUAAAUCUAGCAAUUUGCUAACUACAGUUUCAGGGCAAAAAUAUAAUAUUGUUUUCUUUAGUAUUAUUCAGAAAAUCUUGUUAAAAUCUUGCUGGGUUUUUUUACAGUAAAAUUUACUUUUAUUGAGACAUUCAUUAUAAACAAUAAGAUUAGUACAGACCAUUUAAUAUACUGAUUUCCAUCCUCCAUGAGUUUAAACGAAGUAGAAGACUGUUUCAUUUUUAAUUGAAGCAAUUUAAAAAUAGUCCAUCUUAAACAAAAAGAACACAAAAACUUAUAAAGAUGGGUUGAUGGGAUUGUUAGGCAUUUAGUAUUGGGUCCAGAUUUAGACCUACUAAACUCAUUGAUUGCCAUGAGUCUGCUCUACCAAACUGGCAUCUAACCCUUAGUAUAUAUUUCCAAAGCUUCACACAUACCUAUGGAAUAAAACAAGCUGAACUGGGCCUAUUUAUAUCAGUGGCACUUACUAUAUUCUAUGUUAUUGAAGACUGCAGUUCUAAGCUAGUUCACUCCAAAUUGGUACUGAGAGAACAGCUGAUUUCCUUGAAGAAUUUAAGGCAGAUGAGGCAUUCAUUUCCCAUUUCCUUUCAGGAGGCUUGCAUAGGUCAAAUUCUCAGUGGGUUACAUCUUCUGUCGCUUUCCUUUUGGCAUGUAACAAAAGAAAACCAACUGAGGCCCUUUAAUCUCAAAUAAUUCUUUGGAACAUUAAUAUCGGUUCUGCUUUUUUUGGUUUUUUCUUUCUAAUUUACUCAAGAGAACAGAAAUGCACCAAGAGUUCUUUGUCUAGUUGUUCAUUGUUUCCAAAAAUUGACCUAUUUGAAAAAGCACAGGCAAUCUGUAAUCUUAUUAAUGUAUAAUUGCUGCUUAAAUCUAAUCCAUAAAUGACACUUGGAAGCAGCAGGGAUGUGGGCACAGGGGAGAGGACAGAAUCCUGCCUUGCAAGGCUCAACUGUAGGUAGUAAUUCCUGUGAAAUCAUGCUGCCUUACUGUAUAUAAAUGCUUACUUAGAAAUGUUGAGAUUAUAUUUCUGUAAUGCACUUAUUUUACGGAAUCAUUUUGUACGCUUUAUUUACAGAUUCAUUAUUUUACAUAAUUGUUUUUGUUUAACAAUAGUACAAUUGAAGGGGGAAUUGGAAUGGAUUUUAUUUUCCUUCUAUUGAAAUUGGCCUCAACGUGUAAUGUAAAUUACUAACACACUUGAUACUGUGAUUCAUAAAAGAUUUCUUCUUAUGGAGUGUUUAGCAUUGAUUUUGGGGAAGCUCAUGUUUUUAGUGAAAUAAUCAGCCAUAACUAUGAAAUCCAUGGAAUUAUUGUAGUGCACCGCAGAUAAGGCAGAAGGGUCAAAAAAAAUUCUCUUUCCACAUUUCUAAUUCUUUCUUAUUGGGAAAAAGUAUGAAGUGAUCUUGCUUCGUAAAUCAUAUGCAUGAUUAUAGUUCAAAAACAUAUUUCUUGGAACAGAGCUUCUCAAAAAUGCUGGCGUUUUGAGGUUCAUGGCAAGUUUCUAAUUAAAUCCCCUUCUACACUGCCAUAUAAUCCAGUUCAAAGCAGAUAAUCUCAAUUUUAUAUGGCAGUAUAGAAGGGGCCUGUGGAGGAGGAGUUAAUGAGGACAAAAAUCAUUCAAGUCCACUUGUACAUUAGAAGGAAAGAUUACUAAAACCCCGCAUCAGGUAGCCUUAGUAACACUGGUCUAGAAAAUAUUAAGGUAGAAGCGUACUUUUAAAAUGGAAAUCCAGUUUUGAUAAAGUAUUACAAUAUUUUAAACAAGGCAACCCACUUACUAUAUGUAGAAAAGCAGGCAUUAAAUAUUUCUUCAUACAAAUAUACCUAUCCUACUUAAUUUUUAGGUUGAUUUUUAAACAUUUCUACAAAGAGUGGCUCUUAACAUAAAUGCAGUUUCGCAUUCAUGUAUCUAAAAAGAGGAAAAAUAAAGGUUACACAAAUAAGUGCUGCACUAUUCUAGCAAAUUCUGUAGCUGUUUACUGCAAUCUUGAGUUUGUUGACUAAUCAACUUUUUGUUCAGCAGUUUGUGCUGUUAGAAAUCCCACUUCCACCACCAAAGUGCUCUUAGUUUUACUAUUGAACACGCCUUGUAGUAACUUGUGUCAUCUCUUAAUGAUGUAUUUGUGUUCACUGACCUCAGUGCCUUUGUUGUGUUCCUGAUUGUAUUUUAAGGCAUUUCUCAAUAUGUUGCUUUGUGUUCAGAACAUGUUUAAUGCUUUGGGGCUUUUUUGGCAAAAGGGCAGGGUUUACAUAAAACAAAUUUAAACGUU